CUGCGUCGGUUGCGGUCGUUCAGAACGGACUAGUUGAACCAGGCACUACACGUCGGAGGCCGUCCUCCGAGUUUUUGGGCACAGCCACCUCCAGAGGGCCCUUGGUACCAUGUCCAGAACGACCAGCCAUGGAAGCCUGCGGCGAUGCGUUGUUUUGGCUUUGCUGGCGGGAACUUCCAGGUACUUCUUGCAGUGGAAUUUCGCGGUCGCACCAGCUAUGCGCAGCGAGAGCGCAGGUACAGCCGUAGAGGAGAAGCCCAGGUCAAAAAGGAAGACUGAGGAGGAGGAGUUCAAAGACCGGCUGAAGGAGAUGAAUAUCACCCUGGAAGAAUCCACUGGUGAUCCCUUUGACAUCGUGCCCGGAACUACUCACGGUCUGCCCUACGUGACCUGCUUCGUUGAAUACACAGACAGGAGUCAACGUGAUGAGUACGGUACAGUGGAGGCGAAGGAUGUGUUGGAAGAGUGGGUGAUGAGAGGUGACGACCACACGGUCGGAAGCUUCACCUCUUGGCGACAGAGCCAGGCGAGCACCGCAUCACUUCAAUGCGUACAGACGAGCUCGCAGUCCUUAGAUGACACCACCUGCAUUGAGUGCGUCUCAGCCUCCAACGCCUUCGCUAUGGGUGAUGUGCCGGGCGGAAUCGUAGGCACCGUCCAUGAAAGCUCUGUUAUGACCUUCAGUGGUUUGGGCUUGCACAGCUGUCUUUCUUCGACCUUUGGGCGCCCAGGCUUUUGCAAGUCUGGCAUCCUCUCGGUCCCACACUGAGUGCACAGUCCGCCAGUUCCCUUUGCGCACCGACGGCGUGAACAAUUCCGGUGGAUCCCAGUGCAGCGUCGGCCGAGG